AUGUUGUGCGGAGUAUCUAGAAAAUCACUUUCACGCGAGGGAACGAUAAAAAAAUUAUUUUGCGAUGAUAAAGGACGUAGGAUAAGAGUGUCCGCGGACUCUUGGAUACCCGGAGAUUGUUCUCUCGAGUUAAAAGUACCCGCGGAAGUACACGUGGAUAGCAAAGUUUUGAAAUUAUCGUCAAGUAUUGCGGAUAUCGUCGGAAGGCCUUGCGUGAAUUUGAUUUUCACUUACCCUUGA